AUGGUGGGCACCACUUCCGGGCAGAAAGCCAAUGGCAGAGUGCCCCGCACUGUUGGCGAGCUUCUACAAGACGUGGAAGUUAUCUGCCGGACGGAUGUUCAAGGAUUGGAUGCAGCAGGCGCCGAUACUGCGGCUGCUCGAUCAUUAGCUGCAGAGCUACUGGAAUGUUGCGACAAAGUUGCCAAGGCACAAAGGGCGAAACCAUCCCUCAGCAACGGACAGACAGCCAAAGGGAAGUUGCAGCACUCUCAGCGGCACAUGAUCGUGGCAUACGCGAUUGUUGUAUCUUUGACGCUUCCCUAUUAUGUAUGUGUGCGCUACCGAAGUUGGUUCGUGGACGAAGGCUUCGCCAUUUAUCGGAAUCCUGAUGCCCGAGGAGAGACGUUUGUUCUUGAGGUGCUUAAGCACGACUUCUGGGGAACAUCUCUCAAUCCACCAGAGGGUUACGUCACCCACAAGUCUUGGCGCCCUCUGAUAACCCUGAUGUAUGCUGCAGAGUGGCAGCUCUGUGCUCGAUUUGGCUACGCCGGUUUUGAAAUGAAACCAAUGCGACUUCUUAGUUGCCUGAUUCACAGUCUGAAUGCUGCGUUGAUGCUUGCUGUCUUGCUUCAGGCACGAAUACCACUGCGGUGGGCUGGGUUGGCUGCGGCAUUGUUUGCUACACAUCCUGUACACAUUGAAAACAUCGUGUACUUGGUGGGGCGUGCGGAUUCCUUCUCUACUACCUUCUACCUGCUCACGAUUCUCUUCUACUUGCGCAGCUUGAGGACCAUUACGCUGAGUCCGCUGCGGGCUUUGUGGUUCUAUGCUGUUCUGGCGGUGUUGAACAUUCUGUCGGGGCUCUGCAAGGAACCAGGCUUCACUGCUUUGUUUUUCGUUGCUUGCGUGGAAACAGCGCUGCGAUGCAGGUGGGGGCACGUCCUUGGUCUGCUGGCCUCCUUUGCUGCCAUAGCAGGAUUGCGAACUUGGUACGUUGGCGGUACGGAUGCAGGCUUUGGUUACGUGGACACCCCGAUACGUUACCAAGAUGCGCGGCUACAUGGUAGUGAGUCUCAAGCAUUGCUGGUGCGGACCUUGUCAUACCUGUUUCAGCACGGGUACUACGCGCAAUUGCUGGUUCUCCCCUGGAACCAGUCGUGGGACUACUCGUACGAAUCCUUGCCCAUGGUGACAAGUGUUGCAGAUCUUCGGCUCCAACUGAUCAUUGCAGCCUACUUGUCGGUGGCAGCCUUGGCAUGCCACGGGAUGCGUCUGCGCGGAAAGUGCCCCUCCGUGCUCAUGGGACUCGGCCUCAUCGUCGUUCCAUUUGUUCCCAUGUCAAACCUCUUCUUUCUGGUCGGUACAACAAUUGGGGAACGGUUGCUUUAUCCGCUCACGGCAGGCUGGUCGCUUGUAGUAGGCGGUCUUGGUAGCCGAUGCUCCUGGCGAUGUGCGUGGAUAGUCGCUGCUGCUGGUCUUUCAGUGUAUACAAUCAAUUCGAACAUCCGCAUGUCUCAUUGGGAGUCCCCAGCAGUUCUCUUCCUGAAGGAUGCUCAGCACUGGAACGGAAGUGUGAAAGUGCUACAUGCAAAAGCCUCUGAGCUCCAGGCGCUUGGAGAGCUGGAGGAGGCUUUGCACUAUUACCAGAAGUCCCUGGAUAUCUUCGACGACCAGGCUAUCACUGACUACUGCAUUGCCCGGAUCUUGAUCAACUUAGGCCGCUUCACCGAAGCUCACCAGCGUUUCGAGAAGAUUUUGAAUGGGCACGGUAUCGGACUCCACGAUGGCAACGACUUUUUGUGGAUGACAGACCUGGGGUACUUGCUGGUGCAGCUGGGUUCCGAUCAGAACGGUGCCCAUUACCUUCAGGAGGGGCUGAACCGUAUGCCCUAUAAUUGCUAUGGCUGGAAUGCACUUGGUGUGGCACAGGCACGGCAAGGUCAACUGGAGCAAGCGCAUGCAUCGCUGACUCAGAGCUUGCAAUGUGACCCUGAGUCGGCUGUCACGUGGAGUAAUCUGGCUGUUCUAUACGCCUAUGGCAAUGCAGGAGAACAAGCGUCAGAGGCCCUCCAGCAGGCACUGCGCCUGAAUGCUUCGCAUCCUGCAGUAGCACACAACCUUCAAGUACUCCAAGGCUUAUCCCCACACCUACAGCCCAGAUUUGAGCUUUACAUUCCAUAUCCCGGACGUGGUGGCAGAUAG